AUGGCAGACUCGGCAGUAGCAGGUCCAUCUCAUGCCCCGGGAGGGGCCGCACAAUCUUGGCGCCAAUUUACCUUCUUCGACCACGAGGAGGUCAAGGAUGCCGACGACCUCGCCUCUAGCCCCAGAGCGCUCAAAGAUCUCACUCCUCCGCUGUGUAUCACACCAACAACCCCCGAAUCCCCCCUACCAGCAUCCAUCAUUGUCUCCUCAGGACAGACCAUCACCCUCCUCGACCGACACUUUCAGCCCCUCACUUCAUGGGUCGCAUGGGAAGGCAAUGGUCGGGCGACACACAUUGCCGAAGCGGGCGGUAUGGUCCUGGCUAUCGGCGAGGAGGAUGGGAGCCGGUACCCCGUGCUCAAGAUCUGGGACCUGACGAGGGAAGAGAAGAAGCGCAAGGGAGGGGGACCGGUGUUGCUGCGGAACACAAAGAUCCAGAAUGGGCAGAGACCCUCCCUGGUGACCGCAGUAGCGCUGAGCUCGACACUGUCCCACCUCGCUAUCGGUCUAGGAGACGGAACGGUCCUAGUCUACCGGCACCUCCUCCAGUCACUGACUACCUCGCCGACUGCUCUCACCUCUCUUCCGAAAGCUCGAGUCAUACACGAAUCGCCAGAACCCAUCACCGCCUUAGGUUUCCGGGAAGCCAAGCACCCCGCGAAGACUAGCGCAAAAGCGGACGGCCCGGCUGGACCCCUUCUCUACGUCUGCACGGUCAGCCGGGUGUUCAUCGCAGAGCUCUCAAGCCGGAGUGGCCAGGCGAAGCCUAUCGACGAGCUGGGGUGUGGAUUGGGCUGUGCGGUGCCUGACUGGGAGGGAAAAGAUAUGAUCAUGGCUCGUGACGACGGGGUUUACACAUACAACGCGGGAGGUAGAGGCGUAACGUAUGCCUAUGAGGGUCCCAAAUCAUCCAUCUCUGUCCACAAGCAGAAUCUUAUUGUCGUUUCGCCAUCGUUUGUGCCUUCCGCAAGCUCGAACUCGGCGACGGUUCGGCAAUACGUCGCCAAAUCGGGCGGAGGAGAUAGCAGUCGGGACAUCGCCAAAGUCACCAUCUUUGAUCUGCAGAACAAGCUCAUCGCCUAUUCUGGGACCUUCAAGGAUGGGGUUAGGGCGGUGUUCUGCCAAUGGGGUGAUGUCUUUGUUCUGGGUAGCGAUGGCAAGCUAUCGAGACUGGAUGAGCACUCUACUCAGGCAAAGCUCGACGUUCUAUAUCGCCGAAACCUGUAUACCCUUGCCCUGGACCUCGCCAAGACGUCUGGUAUGCCCACUCCCGGCGUCGCCGAGAUACAUAAGCGGUAUGGAGACUAUCUAUACGGCAAGGGUGACUUUGACGGCUCGAUGAGUCAAUUCACCCAGACCUUGGGGCACCUCCAACCAUCCUAUGUCAUCCGCAAAUUCCUCGACGCCCAACGCAUACACAACCUUACGACUUACCUCCAAUCCCUUCACUCACACAACCUCGCCAAUCCAGAUCACACAACACUCCUUCUCAAUUGCUAUACCAAGACGGGCGACAAGACCGCACUGGACAACUUCAUCAAGACGGAGACUAGGCGCGCGGACGAAGCGGGCGGAGGUCUGGACGAUCUACCAUUCGACCUGGAGACGGCCAUUCGGGUCUGCAGGCAGGCUGGAUUCUUUGAGCACGCGAGCUACCUCGCAAGAAAAUAUGGGCGGCAUGAGGAGUUCUUGCGGGUUCAAAUCGAGGACGCGGAGGAGUAUGGGGAUGCCUUGAAGUAUCUGCGGAGUCUGGGGCCUGAAGCUUGCCAAGCAAAUUUGAUGAUCUACGGCCGGACACUGCUUUAUCAUGACCCGGAGGAUACCACGGAUCUCCUCAUCGAUCUCUGCUCUGGUACGCUCGGCAAGCGACCGCCUCCGGUCCAGCAGUCCACAGACGAGGCGUCAAAGGCGAACGGGUCCGGCGGUCCCGCGGUACUGUCGUACUUGGGAUACAACAGGGUCGCCGGGAUGUUCACGUCGGAACCGCAGCCGGCAUCGCCCAUAGCGGAGACUGCUCGUCCAGCAAUAAAGAACGGCGAAAGGUCUGCAUCUCGCCUGACCCAGCCGGGCAGCAAAUCCAGCGGGGACCCGGACCAGAAGAUCGAAGUCCCAGCGGAAGCUGUCCCCUCAUAUACCCCUCCCUCGCCUCGGCAGUACUUUGCCCAUUUCAUCGACCACCACGACCUCUUUGUCCAUUUCCUCGAGGCGGUCGCGCUCACCCUCUGGUCGCAAAAAGUCGACACGUCCGCCACUCAGCGCACAACCCCUAUACAGGCCCCUCCUGCCUAUGACACCUUUGGUGCGUCGUCGGACCGCAAACCCCCUUCGGAUCCCAGAGAGGAAGAUCAGCGAGCGGUAUGGAACACCCUUCUCGAGCUGUACCUCGAUUCCACUUCCUCCUCGGACCCCGCCGUCUCCUCUCUCGCCCGGUCUAAAGCCCUCGGUCUGCUGUCAAGCGAUCUGCCGCACGACACCAUGCACGCCCUCCUCCUCUGCUCCACGGCAGGCUUCACGGACGGGAUGGUCCGGCUCUGGGAGAAUAUGGGGAUGUACGAGGACGUCCUUCGGUUCUGGAUGUCGGCGCCUGCUCCUUCAUCGGGCGAGUCGCAUCCGUCCGAUGAGGUCCUGAGGUGUUUGCAGCUGUACGGGCCAUCCAAGCCGCAUUUGUACCCGCUGAUCCUGCGCUAUCUUACCUCGUCGCCGGAGGUCUUGAGCAGGCAGUCGGGUCAGCUGGGACGGAUACUGGAGCAGAUUGAUGAAGGGCGAAUCAUGCCGCCGCUGGCGGUGGUGCAGCUUCUGAGCAGGAACGGGGUGGCGAGCGUAGGGAACGUCAAGGAGUGGUUGAGGAGCAAGGUGGCAGAGACGAGGCAGGAUGUGGAAUCGGACAAAUCCCUCGUCAAUUCUUACCGGACCGAGACCGCCCAAAAGACUGCCCAAUUGAGCUCACUCGCCAACCCCACCCAACCCGAAAUCUUCCAAGUCACCCGCUGCGCCUCGUGCUCGCAGCAACUCGACCUCCCGGCUGUCCACUUUAUGUGCAAGCACUCUUACCACCAGCGCUGUCUCUCGGACUCUGAGCCAGAGUGUAUCCUGUGUGCUAGGCAGCAUGCGGUGAUUCGGGAAGUGAGGCGGAAUCAGACGCGGUUGGCGGGGAGGCAUGAGCUGUUUGUGGCGGAGGUGGAGGAUGCGGAGGAUGGGUUUGGGGCGGUAGUGGGUGGAUUUGGGAGGGGGUUGAUGAAUCUCAGAGUGGAGGGAUAG